AUGCCUGGUCCAAGAGCUUGGAGCUUGCCUGGUCUAGGAGCUUGCCUGGACGUGGACGUGGACGUGAACGUGGACGUGGACGUGGACGUGGACGUGGUCGUGGACGUGGACCUGGACGUGGACAUGGACGUGGACGUGGACGUGGACCUGGACGUGGACGUGGACGUGGACGUGGACGUGGACGAGGACGUGGACGUGGUCGUGGACGUGGACGUGGACGUGGACGUGGACGUGGACGACAUGGACAUGGACAUGGACGUGGACGUGGAUGUGGACGUGGACAUGGAGGUGGACGUGGACGUGGACAUGGAGGUGGACAUGGACGUGGACGUGGACGUGGACGUGGACGUGGACAUGGACGUGGACGUGGACGUGGACGUGGACAUGGACGUGGACAUGGACGUGGACAUAGACGUGGACAUGGACGUGGACAUGGACGUGGACAUGGACGUGGACGUGGACGUGGACGUGGACGUGGACGUGGACCUGGACGUGGACAUGGACGUGGACAUGGACGUGGACAUGGACAUGGACAUGGACAUGGACAUGGACGUGGACGUGGACGUGGACAUGGACGUGGACGUGGACGUGGACGUGGACGUGGACGUGGACGUGGACAUGGACGUGGACAUGGACAUGGACGUGGACGUGGACAUGGACGUGGACAUGGACAUGGACGUGGACAUGGACAUGGACGUGGACGUGGACAUGGACGUGGACGUGGACGUGGACGUGGACUUGGACGUGGACGUGGACGUGGACAUGGACAUGGACGUGGACAUGGACGUGGACGUGGACGUGGACGUGGACGUGGACAUGGACAUGGACAUGGACAUGGACGUGGACAUGGACGUGGACGUGGAUAUGGACGUGGACGUGGACGUGGACGUGGACGUGGACGUGGACGUGGACGUGGACGUGGUCGUGGACGUGGACGUGGACGUGGACGUGGUCGUGGACGUGGACGUGGACAUGGACGUGGACAUGGACAUGGACAUGGACGUGGAGGUGCACGUGGACGUGGACGUGGACGUGGACGUGGACGUGGUAGUGGACGUGGACGUGGACGUGGACGUGGACGUGGACGUGGACGUGGACGUGGACUUGGACGUGGACGUGGACAUGGUCGUGGACGUGGACGUGGACAUGGACGUGGACAUGGACGUGGACGUGGACAUGGACCUGGACGUGGACGUGGACGUGGUCGUGGAUGUGGACGUGGACAUGGACAUGGACGUGGACGUGGACGUGGUCGUGGACGUGGACGUGGUCGUGGACGUGGACUUGGACGUGGACGUGGACGUGGACGUGGACAUGGACGUGGACGUGGACGUGGACGUGGACGUGGACUUGGACGUGGACGUGGACGUAGACGUGGACGUGGACGUGGACGUGGACGUGGACGUGGACGUGGACAUGGACGUGGACUUGGACGUGGACGUGGACGUGGACAUGGACGUGGACGUGGACGUCGACGUGGACGUGGACAUGGACGUGGUUGUGGACGUGGACGUGGACAUGAACGUGGACGUGAACGUGGACGUGGACGUGGACGUGGUCGUGGACGUGGACGUGGAUGUGGACAUGGACGUGGACGUGGACGUGGACGUGGACGUGGACUUGGACGUGGACAUGGACGUGGACGUGGACGUGGACGUGGACGUGGACGUGGACGUGGACGUGGGCGUGGACGUGGACAUGGGCGUGGUCGUGGACGUGGGCGUGGACAUGGACGUGGACGUGGUCGUGGACGUGGGCGUGGACGUGGACAUGGACGUGGGCGUGGACGUGGACGUGGACGUGGACAUAGACGUAAACGUGGACAUGGACGUGGACAUGGACGUGGGCGUGGACGUGGGCGUGGACGUGGACGUGGACGUGGACGUGGACGUGGACGUGGGCGUGGACGUGGACGUGGACAUGGACGUGGACGUGGACGUGGACGUGGUCGUGGACGUGGUCGUGGACAUGGACGUGGACAUGGACGUGGACGUGGACAUGGACGUGGACAUGCACAUGGACGUGGACGUGGACAUGGACAUGGACAUGGACGUGGACGUGGACGUGGACGUGGACGUGGACGUGGACGUGGUCGUGGACGUGGACGUGGUCGUGGACGUGGACGUGGACGUGGUCGUGGACGUGGACGUGGUCGUGGACGUGGACGUGGACGUGGACGUGGACGUGGACGUGGACGUGGUCGUGGACGUGGACGUGGACGUGGACGUGGACGUGGACAUGGACGUGGACAUGGACGUGGACAUGGACGUGGAUGUGGACGUGGACGUGGACGGGGACGGGGACGUGGACGCGGACGUGGACGUGGACGUGGACGUGGACGUGGACAGGGACGUGGACGCGGACGUGGACGUGGACAGGGACGUGGACGCGGACGCGGACGUGGACAGGGACGUGGACGUGGACGUGGACGCGGACGUGGACGGGGACGGGGACGUGGACGUGGACAUGGACGUGGACGCGGACGUGGACGCGGACAGGGACGUGGACGCGGACGUGGACGUGGACGUGGACGUGGACGUGGACAGGGACGCGGACGUGGACGUGGACGUGGACCUGGACGUGGACGCGGACGUGGACGUGGACGGGGACGUGGACGUGAACGUGGACGUGGACGCGGACGUGGACGCGGACGUGGACGUGGACAGGGACGUGGACGUGGACGUGGACAGGGACGUGGACGGACGUGGACGUGGACGUGGACCUGGACGUGGACAUGGACGUGGACGUGGUCACGUGGACAUGGACGUGGGCGUGGACGUGGACGUGGACGUGGACGUGGACGUGGACGUUGACGUGGACGUGGACGUGGACGUGGACGUGGACGUGGACGUGGACAUGGACAUGGACAUGGACGUGGACGUGGACGUGGACAUGGACGUGGACGUGGACGUGGACAUGGACGUGGACGUGGACGUGGACGUGGACGUGGACAUGGACGUGGACGUGGACGUGGACGUGGACGUGGACGUGGACGUGAACGUGGACAUGGACGUGGACGUGGACGUGGACGUGGACGUGGUCGUGGACGUGGACGUGGACGUGGACAUGGUCGUGGACGUGGACGUGGACGUGGACUUGGACGUGGACAUGGACGUGGACGUGGACGUGGACGUAGACGUGGACGUGGGCGUGGACGUGGACAUGGACGUGGUCGUGGACGUGGGCGUGGGCGUGGACGUGGACAUGGACAUGGACAUGGACGUGGACCUGGACGCGGACGUGGACGUGGACAGGGACGUGGACGCGGACGUGGACGUGGACAGGGACGCGGACGCGGACGUGGACAGGGACGUGGACGCGGACGUGGACGUGGACAGGGACGUGGACGCGGACGUGGACGUGGACGUGGACGUGGACGUGGAGGACUUGGACGUGGACGUGGACGUGGACGUGGACGUGGACGUGGACAUGGACGUGGACGUGGACGUGGACGAGGACAGGGACGUGGACGCGGACGUGGACGUGGACGUGGACGGGGACGUGGUCGUGGAGGACUUGGACAUGGACGUAAACGUGGACGUGGACGUGGACAUGGGCAUGGAGGUGGACGUGGAGAUGGACGUGGACAUGGAGAUGGACGUGGACAUGGACAAGGACGUGGACAUGAACGUGGACGUGGACGUGGACGUGGACGUGGACAUGGACGUGGACGUGGACGUGGACGUGGACGUGGACAUGGACUUGGAGGUGGACGUGGACGUGGAAGUGGACGUGGACGUGGACGUGGACAUGGACGUGGACGUGGACAUGGACGUGGACGUGGACAUGGACGUGGACAUGGACGUGGACGUGGAGGUGGACGUGGACGUGGACGUGGUCGUGGACGUGGACGUGGACGUGGACGUGGACAUGGACAUGGACGUGGACGUGGACUUGGACGUGGUCGUGGACGUGGACGUGGACGUCGACAUGGACGUCGACAUGGACGUCGACAUGGACCGACAUGGACGUGGACGUGGACUGGACAUGGACGUGGACGUGGACAUGGACGUGGACAUGGACAUGGACAUGGACGUGGACGUGGACGUGGACGUGGACGUGGACAUGGACGUGGACGUGGACGUGGACGUGGACUUGGACGUGGACGUGGCCGUGGACGUGGACUUGGACGUAAACGUGGACGUGGACAUGGACAUGGACGUGGACGUGGACGUGGACGUGGACGUGGACAUGGACAUGGACAUGGACGUGGACGUCGACAUGGACGUGGACGUGGACGUGGACGUGGACAUGGACGUGGACGUGGACAUGGACGUGGACGUGGACGUGGACGUGGUCGUGGACGUGGACGUGGACGUGGACGUGGACAUGGACGUGGACGUGGUCGUGGACGUGGACGUGGUCGUGGACGUGGUCCUGGACGUGGACGUGGUCGUGGACGUGGACAUGGACGUGGACGUGGUCGUGGACGUGGACGUGGACGUGGACGUGCACAUGGACGUGGACGUGGACGUGGACGUGGACGUGGUCGUGGACGUGGACGUGGACAUGGACGUGGACAUGGACGUGGACAUGGACGUGGACAUGGACAUGGACGUGGAUGUGGAUGUGCACGUGGACGUAGACGUGGACGUGGACGUGGACGUGGACAUGGACGUGAACGUGGUCGUGGACAUGGACGUGGACGUGGACAUGGACGUGGACAUGGACAUGGACGUGGACGUGGACGUGGACAUAGACGUGGACGUAGACGUGGACGUGGACGUGGAAGUGGACGUGGACGUGGACGUGGACAUGGACGUGGAGAUGGACGUGGACGUGGACGUGGACUUGGACGUGGACGUGGACGUGGACGUGGACGUGGACGGGGUCAUGGACGUGGACAUGGACGUGGACGGAGACACGUGGACGUGGACGUGGACGUGGACGUAG